AUGCGAGGCCCGAAAAGGAAAUUUCCUCACGGCUCCGUCGGCCCCACGCGCUCCCUGGGCCCCGGCGGCGCCUCGCCCGGGGCCGAGGCUCCUGCCGACGGGGACCCCUGGGUUCUCCCGGUGGAUCCCGCGCUAGAGUUCGCGGCGCUGAACCUGGAGGCGGGUCCCGCUGGGUGGGCGGUGCUGUCGGUGCGUUACGGCGAAUUCGGAACAGGUAGCCCUGUGCCUGAUUUCAUCCUGACCUACCGGUGCCUCCUCCCGAUGGUUCUCCUGCUGUGUUUCUCCACCACAGCUCUUUCCGGGAGCUACAGCUUGCUCCGAUUCCAGCAAAGGUGGAGCACUGUGGUGUCUCAGAAACUCCUGGGGCAGUUACCUGCAACGCCUCAACAUUGCCUCGAGGCCAGGAUGGACUUCCAGGUCCCUGAGGAAAUGAACCAAGCACAGCAGUUCCGGAAGGAAGAUGCCAUAUUGGUCAUCUAUGAGAUGCUCCAGCAGAUCGUCAAUAUUCUCAUCAGAGACUUCUCCAGCACUGGCUGGUCUGAGACCAUCAUUGAGGACCUCCUUGUGGAACUCUAUGGGCAGAUGAAUCGUCUGCAGCCAAUCCAGAAGGAAAUAAUGCAGAAGAAAAACUUCACUAUGGGAGACACAACUGUUCUUCGCCUGAAGAAAUACUACCUCAACCUCAUGUACUACCUGAAGUCCAAGGAGUACAACAGGUGUGCCUGGACAGUCGUGCAAAUGCAAUUGCUCAGGAACUUUUCUUUCCUGAAGAGCCUAAGAACUUACCUCCGUGACUGA